UAUUAUACUCAAAUCUUUCUUUUGUCGAAGGGAAAAAGUUCGUCCUGGGAACAAACAGUAGAAACCCUAGAGAGAGAUGGAUAGGGUAUCAAGCAGAAAAUCCAGAGACGAAAAAGAGAGAGAAUCAAGUCACCACAGUGAUAAUCAUCGCGAUCGCGAUCGAUAUCGUGAUCAUAAGCACCGAAGUAGUACAGAUGUGAGUGAUUCUGCUUCUCAUAAAAGGAAAGAAAGAGGCGAAGAAAGUGAAGAACGAUACGAGAAAAGAGUUAGGGCUGAAAAAAGAGAGAGAAGGAAGUUUGAAGAUAAGGAUGCCGAAGACAGGGAUUUGAAUGGAACUUAUAAAGAAAGUAGAAAUUAUGAUGAAGAAGAUAAUAGUAAUAAUAAUAAUAAUAAUAAUAAUAAUAAUAAUAAUAAUAAUAAUAAUAGAGUGGAGAAAAGGGAACGAAGAAGAUUUGGGGAUAAAACUGAAGACAGGGAACGGAUGGGUGGUGAUAAUGUUCAGAGUAAUGUUUCUACCAACGGGAGCGGUUCCAUUGCUGCUGCUAAUGGUGCAUCUCUGGAACCACACCAGAUGACAUCAAGGAUUGGCCAGGAUCACCCCCCUCCUUCCAAGGUAUCUUCAAUUUCUACAACCAAUGAAAAUAAGGGAGUUAAUAUUACCAGAUCUCAUGAGGUUCCUGGAAAAUCUAGUACAGAUGGGACAACAUCUUCAGCUGCUACCAAAAGUGGAAAUCUGUCUCUUGGGGCUUUAGAAAAAGCAAAGAAAGCGUUACAAAUGCAGAAGCAAUUGUCAGAAAAGCUAAAAAAGAUUCCACAGUUAAAGAAAGUUACUACACCAAGUUCUGAUUCAACGCUGUCCAUGGGAUUAAACAAGGAGGUAGAUAAAGCCCCAGUGUCGAGCGUGCCCCCUCCGACUGCUACACUAGUAUCCCCACAGCCAGGUAAUGCAACUGUCUCUGUUGGUGGCGUGAGUUCACUUCCUGGACUUGCAAAUGUACCAAACAUUGAGGCAGUAAAGAGAGCACAGGAACUUGCUGCGAAGAUGGGAUUUCACCAGGAUCCAGAGUUUGCUCCUCUCAUAAACAUGUUCCCUGGGCAGAUGCCAGUAGAGAUUGCUAUUCAACAAAAACCACCAAAAGCUCCUGUUCUACGUUUAGAUGCACAUGGUAGAGAAGUAGAUGAACAUGGCAAUGUGGUUAAUCAGCCAAAGUUGACUAAUCUCAGCACCUUGAAGGUCAACAUCAACAAGCAGAAAAAGGAUGCAUUCCAAAUUCUGAAGCCUGAAUUGGAGGUGGAUCCAGAAUCAAAUCCUCACUAUGAUGAGAGAAUGGGUAUCAACAAGGCGAAACUGUUGAGGCCAAAGAGAAUGAAUUUUCAAUUUGUGGAGGAAGGUGUGUGGUCAAAGCAGGCAGAGAUAAUUAAGUUCAAGAGCCAAUUCGGAGAAGCACAGGCAAAAGAGUUGAAGACAAAGCAAGCACAGCUGGCAAAAGCGAAGGCCGAGCCUGAUAUCAACCCGAAUCUGAUAGAAGUAUCCGAGAGAGUGAUCAUCAAAGAAAAACCAAAGGACCCAAUCCCCAAGGUCGAGUGGUGGGAUGUUGUGCUUUUGCCUUCUGGGAACUAUGGUGACAUCAGCGGUGACAGCAUUACUGAAGACGAACUAAAAAUGGAUAAAAUCACAAUAUAUGUUGAGCACCCUUUGCCAAUUGAGCCCCCAGCUGAACCUGCCCCACCACCUCCCCAACCUUUAAAGUUAACGAAGAAAGAGCAGAAGAAACUGCGUACCCAACGGCGUCUCGCAAAGGAGAAAGAUAGACAGGAGAUGAUCAGGCAGGGUCUGUUGGAACCCCCAAAGUCGAAGGUCAAAAUGAGUAAUCUUAUGAAAGUUCUUGGAUCUGAAGCCACACAAGAUCCUACGAGGCUUGAAAUGGAAAUUAGGAGUGCAGCUGCUGAGCGUGAACAAGCCCAUGUUGAUAGGAACAUUGCACGUAAGCUCACACCUGCGGAACGCCGUGAGAAAAAAGAGAAGAAGCUCUUUGAUGAUCCAAACACGCUUGAGACCAUCGUUUCUGUAUAUAAGAUUAAUGAUCUCUCACACCGGCAAACUCGAUUUAAGGUUGAUGUUAAUGCCCAGGAGAAUCGCCUAACAGGGUGUUUGGUGAUAACUGAUGAUAUAACUGUUGUGGUUGUGGAAGGUGGCAAUAAAUCCAUUAAAAGAUACGGAAAGCUGAUGCUUAAGAGAAUAAACUGGGCUGAGUCUGUCAGAAAUGAAGAAGAGGAUAUGGAUGAAGAUAAUGACAAACCAGUGAACAAAUGUGUGCUUGUGUGGCAGGGCAGCGUAGCUAAAUCAAGUUUCAAUAGGUUUGCUGUUCACGAGUGCAGAACUGAAGCUGCUGCUAGGAAAUACUUCGCUGAUGCUGGGGUUGGUCACUAUUGGGACCUUUCUGUUAAUUUUGCAGAUGAAUCUUGAACCAAUAUAUUUCCUCUGUUCUCUAGUUAGGGAUGAAUCUGCAUGAAUAUUAUAGGCUUAUUUUAGUUUGUCGAGAAAAAUGCAAGUAAAACACAAGUUUCAUCUUCCUUAAAUCUGAUGUUGCUACUGAAGAAAUCCUCAUCUCUUCAUUAAUUUUGCAUAGCAUUCUAUUUUUGCUCUCUCA